CUGGCGGGAACCUUUGACCUCCCUUAUCGGACACGUUGACCUAUUUACGAAUUUGUCGUCAUUCCCAACGUUUCCGCGAGCGAUUUUGGGAGCGAAGCUCGUGACUAUGGCCUAAAAUGAGCUCCUGUAGAGAUGAAGGAGACAUAGUCCCCAUCCUGAGCUCGAUAAAUGCAUCCGAAGGAGACUUCACAAGUGGCAGUGUUCCAUCCCUGAACCAAGCAGAGCUAGAGGAGCUCAAAGGCCUUGUGAACCACCUGGACAGGACAUUGACCACGCUGAAGCACAGACUGACCAGUCAGCAUGGCGUGACCUUCCGAAGUGGUUCCUCUCCGACAUCCUCCCAGAGCUCCAGCUCGCGGGUCUCCUGGUGGACCAAAUGGUCCUCACCGUGUAUUGAAAGGAUCACAAAACAUCUACUGAUUAUUACACUGCUGUGGCAGUCUCUGUAUGUUGGGAUUCUAUCUCUCAUUGACUUGGCACACCCUGCUGACAACAAUGACAUCUUCAUAGCUGGAAUAGUUAUAAUGAUCACCUUCCAGUUGGUGAACCUGGUCCUUGUGAUCUACACAUCAGUGAAGCUGACUCAGCAGCUGUAUGAACACAAAGCCAGUGCCUCGUUCCUGGGCCAGUCCUACCUGUCCACUGUGCUGCUGUUUGCUGGGCUGUACACAUGCACCUACAGACUAGAGCCCAAGAGUUGGAGAGCUGUACAUGAUGAUGAUGCUAAGACACCAGAACUGGUGGUGGUCCUGUUCAUCAAGAUGGUCUUCUUCUCCAUGUCCACAGGCACUCUCUGUGGUGCAAGUGACAUUGUUCCAACUGAGUGGUACAACUACCUGGUGGUCUGUGUUCAGAUGCUGCUCAGCUUUGUGUACUUUGCAUCCAUCUUCACCAUGGCAUCCGGCGUGCCCAGCGGCCCUGGUCCUGUCAUCAUGGAUCUGCAGGUGGACUCAGUGGCACUGACUGGGGAACUGGAGAGGGCUGGGCGACGUAGUCUUGCCACUUCAUAUGCACAUGAAGUGACUUCUAGCCUCUUUGCUAGAAGGGAGUAGCUGCUUCUGCAGUGAAAGUCAAGUGUAAGUCAAGACACAUCAACAACAUUCUUCAGUUGUCUUCCUUGCCGGGUCUUGCCACUGCCAAUUGAGCACAAAAGUUACAUCAUUCUACUGCACCCCAGAUCUAUUGUAUAUUACUACAUAAUAGCAAUAUGAGCAACACUAAUAUAUGAAUUGGAAUCAAAUGUACAUUUGUAUGAUAUUUAUUCAAAUUACCAUAAGUGCAAUUAUUGCGUUUCAUACAACUAGCAAAUUUUUUUUUACAAAUGCUUCUUAAUGCCAUGUUGCAAUAACACAUUCAAGCAGUCAAACAGUGCCAAAAGACCAUGCACAGGAAUCAAGGAAUCAACUAUCAGAGUUGAUAUCCAUACAUGUAUAUCUUUUAGUGUCUAACAGACAAAACUUGAUGAUAAAAAUCACACAAUUCAAAAGUCAUCAAACAAGUAGACUGAAUGCCAGGCUAUAAAAAAAGAUGAAAGCUAUUUAUCUGUACUGUGUCCAAUUCUUUAGAUUUAGUUUAUUAUUUUGUUAUGGCCUAUGUUCUUAUACAUUUGACUAAGAUAAUCAAUCCAAAUUAAAGUUGAUAUUGUAUUUUUUUAUUGAAAGCUGCAAUAGAGAUAAUUGCAAAUGCUAGAGGGCUUCAUUCUAUGAAUUGAAAAGCCUUCAAAUUAUUUUUGUGUAUAGCAACAUCUUGAUCAAAAUAGUUCAAAAUCACAAGUGUAUAGAGGUCAUUGCAUUGUACAUUCAUAAUAAAGCUCCAUGUGCAAUCU